AUGGGUGCAUUCGGCGAAAUGCGUCAUACACCGUCACCAGCAUCAACCACUCAAAAGUUGCGAGUCGAUAUGAGCAGUUCGGGAUCAAGUCCAAUUUCAAAAGUGGAGACACCCAUUUUACCGUCAAGCUCAAUGUCACAGCACCCGCCAACUGCGUUUCCAAGAGGAUCCCAGAGCUACACGUCGUCUCGUUCGAUUCCUCAUCGAAUCGAUAUGUCCAAUCGAUCAUCGACAAAUUCACAGCGUCCAUUGUUACCUCCUCCUCCGCAAGAUCGUCCCGUUCGGUUUCAGGCAAAUAAUGGAUAUCUUCAGAAGCUUUCCGACGUCUACUCACAGAGCGGGGAUACUGUAGAGUUUGCCAAGAACCUCAGCGACUAUGUUAAUGAGAAAAUUCCGUAUCAAAUCAGCAUAGCCGUCCUCUCCUGCUUCAGUCUUCUCGCCUUUCUUCUCAUCAUAUUCGGUCUUCUGAAUGCUCCAUUCUGUGCCGUUCAACCAAUGAUACCAAUCUGGUUGAUUGUCGAAGGAGUUCUUUUCAUCAUUUCCGCAACGUUUCGCAUCUAUUUCCUGAUUCCAACACCGCGAAGAACCGCCUAUCGUAGACAACAGAGACAGUUGGGUGCCAGUUUGUUGUGUAAGGGAUUGGAGGUCCUGUUCGCGUUGGCCAAUGUUGUAUGGCUUAUUUUGGGAUGCGUCUGGGUGUACGGCUCAAAAGCGUUCGUCCAUUUCAACGAGGGAAUGUUCGAGAGGCAUUAUUGUGAUCCAAUGAUCUAUUGGUCCGCGUUUUUCGCAUGUACCGCGUUUUUGAUAUUCUACUGUAUCAUCAUUUUCCUUGUUAUCUGUCUGCUGAUCGUUGGCUCAGUUAAAGAGAAUUCGUCACAGGAUCAGAAUCUUGAUUAA